AUGGACCUGGUACCACCGUCAAACGGGGAGACUCUGGUGAAAUCACCCAUGGUCGAUGUGGAUGCCGUGGACGUGAAGCAGGCCGAUGAGGAGACGGUCGCCCUGGAGGUCACCUCCGAGUUUGAAACCGACUCCGAUGAUUCAGAUGGCGAUGACGCCGAUUCUGACUGCGGGAGAGCCAUCCAGUUCCUUCGUGACGACCAGCUGCAUGAAGUUCCGGGUGGCUGUACUUUAGAAGAGGCUGUUGCAUUUCGCAAGCGUCUGCAUGAUGUCGGUAAGGUUGCUUUUGUAGAAGAGACUAUUGUGCUUGAAACUGUCACGGCGAAGAAGCUCUGCACAGCCUUCGGUAUCAGACCGCCAGAGUUUCUGGAGAAUGCCCCAGAUGAAGCUUACCAUCCGCUUCUUGCGGUCGCUAUCUCACGGGAGUUCUCAAAGCGGCCAAAGCUUCCUCAGUACAACACUAUUGAGGACGCUGUCAACCUGCUUCAAAAGUCCAAGAACAUCAUUGUUCUGACUGGUGCCGGCAUUUCAACGAGUCUUGGUAUCCCUGACUUCCGUUCAAAGGAUACCGGUCUCUACUCAAAACUGGCGCAUCUAGGCUUGAGUGAUCCCCAGGAAGUAUUUGACAUCAAUAUCUUCCGGGAAGAUCCUAGCAUCUUUUUCUCAAUUGCGAAGGAUAUCCUUCCUACCGAGAAGAAGUAUUCCCCAACACAUGGGUUUAUCAAGCUUCUGCAGGACCAUGGAAAACUCCUGACGAACUACACGCAAAACAUCGAUAACAUCGAGGCAAAUGCGGGUGUACUUGCAGAAAAGAUGGUGCAGUGUCAUGGAUCUUUUGCCAAUGCUACUUGCGUCAAGUGCAAUUUCAAGGUCCCCGGCGACGCGAUCUUUGAUGAUAUCAGGGAAGGCAAAAUCCCGGAAUGCAAAGCGUGUAUACAGAGCAUCGAACAGGAGGCUCUGAAGCCACAGGGCUUGAAGCGUAAGCGAAGCUCGAACGGCAACCAGAAAGAUCGCAAGGAGGAAAGCUCCGACGAAGAGGACUACGAAAUCCCCACUCCUGGUGUCAUGAAGCCUGAUAUCACCUUCUUCGGUGAGGGCCUCCCGGAUGAGUUUGGUCAGCGCCUUAUUCACCAUGAUCGGGAACUGGCGGAUCUGGUCAUCGUCAUUGGAACCUCGCUUAAGGUAGCCCCCGUUGCAGAAGUGCCGGGAGUUUUACCGCGUAAUGUUCCGCAAAUUUACAUCUCACGCACACCUGUUACUCACACCGAUUUCGAUAUCGAUCUUUUGGGUGACUGUGAUGUGGUAGUUUCAGAGCUUUGCCGCCGCGCCGGUUGGAACUUGCAGCACCACAUGAUUCCUGCAGAUGAGAAAGUAGAGAUCACUCCCGUGGAGGGAUACGAAUCACGACAUGUGUUUAAGGUGGUCGGUGCAUAG